UCCGGCGGCCGGGCGCGCUCCGUCCUGCCGCGCCGCCUCGCCGCCCCGCUCCUUCCUCGGUCUGGCGCCGUCUUCGUGACACUUCUGCGGCGUACUUUGUGAGGUUUGGAGGUUUUAAAGGGACCUGAAGUUGUCAUUUAUGGAGUGUCGCCGCUUCGCACAGCUUUUGAGACGAGGUGGUGAGGUCUGAUUGUCCAGCACACCCAGUAAACACCCAGUUCUUUAGAAAGUCCGGCUCCCUCACCGCAGCAAGGAGGGGCGGCCCCCUUUUGUCCCGAGCGAAAGUCACUCUUGCUGAAGGUCAGCAGGAUGAAUUUGGAAAUGAGAUACCAGAGGGAGGAAUAUGGACAAGACGAGAAGAAAGGAGUAUGACUAGGAAAGUGCUGAGAGGAAGAAAGGGAAAUGCAGGAAGUCCGUGAAUUGGAAUGACCGUUCCCUACUUCUUCUUUGGUCCCCAGUUCCUCGCCCUCAGAGUCCCGGGGAGCCACAACCAGCGUCCGCUUUUCCCGCCAUUCGCGGACGGCUCCGCCUCCCUCGCGCUCAUUGGCUGAGAGCUCAGCACCAGGCCACUCCCCUUUCGCGCAUCCGGCAGCGUUUCCCCGCCUCCUCCUCCUUACUUGGAGGACCGCCCCCACCUGCCAGGCCACGCCCGCUCCGGAGUCCUCCCGGGAGGCGGGCUUCGUGGGCCCCGCCCCCUCCCGGGGAGGCUCCCGCCAGGGGGCGCCGCACACCCGCCGCCGGCCUCCCGCCUGCGAGUCUGGCGCACACGCCCCCUCCGCCCCGCGCGCCGGCAGCUGCGAGCCCGCCGGGCUGCGCCGGGCCCUGCUCCGGGAGGGGCCGGCGUCCCGGACGGCCGCGCCAGCGUCUGGGUCGCCGAGCGUGUGAGCUAACGGACGUCAUGGAGGCAGAGCAGCGGCCGACGACGGGAGCCGGCGAGCCGGCGACCCCCGGGCUGGAGGCGGCGCCUCCGGCCGCCCCGGCGCCUGUGACCGCGGCCUCAGGACCGCCGCCCGGGGCCGGGGCCGCGCCCGAGCCCAAGAGGAGGCAGCUGGGGACUCUGCUCCAGCCCACGGUCAACAAGUUCUCCCUUCGCGUGUUCGGCAGCCACAAAGCAGUGGAAAUCGAGCAGGAGCGGGUCAAGUCAGCGGGGGCCUGGAUCAUCCACCCCUACAGCGACUUCCGGUUUUACUGGGACCUGAUCAUGCUCCUGCUGAUGGUGGGGAACCUCAUUGUGCUGCCCGUGGGCAUCACCUUCUUCAAGGAGGAGAACUCCCCGCCUUGGAUCGUCUUCAAUGUUCUCUCUGACACUUUCUUCCUGUUGGAUCUGGUGCUCAACUUCCGCACAGGCAUCGUGGUAGAGGAGGGUGCCGAAAUCCUGCUGGCCCCUCAAGCCAUCCGGUCACGCUAUCUGCGCACCUGGUUCCUGGUCGACCUGAUCUCCUCCAUCCCGGUGGAUUACAUCUUCCUGGUGGUGGAGCUGGAGCCGCGGCUGGACGCCGAGGUCUACAAGACAGCUCGGGCGCUGCGCAUCGUGCGUUUCACCAAGAUCCUCAGCCUGCUGCGGCUGCUCCGCCUCUCCCGCCUCAUCCGCUACAUACACCAGUGGGAGGAGAUCUUCCACAUGACCUACGACCUGGCGAGCGCGGUGGUGCGCAUCUGCAACCUCAUCGGGAUGAUGCUGCUGCUGUGCCACUGGGACGGCUGCCUGCAGUUCCUGGUGCCCCUGCUGCAGGGCUUCCCGCACGACUGCUGGGUCUCCGUCAACGGCAUGGCGAACCACUCGUGGGGACGCCAGUAUUCCCACGCCCUGUUCAAGGCCAUGAGCCACAUGCUGUGCAUCGGCUACGGGCAGCAGGCUCCGGUCGGCAUGCCCGAUGUCUGGCUCACCAUGCUCAGCAUGAUCGUGGGUGCCACGUGCUACGCCAUGUUCAUCGGCCACGCCACCGCCCUCAUCCAGUCGCUGGACUCUUCCCGACGUCAGUACCAGGAGAAGUACAAGCAGGUGGAGCAGUACAUGUCCUUCCACAAGCUGCCCGCCGAGACGCGGCAGCGCAUCCACGAAUACUACGAGCACCGCUACCAGGGCAAGAUGUUCGACGAGGAGAGCAUCCUGGGCGAGCUGAGCGAGCCGCUUCGGGAGGAGAUCAUUAACUUCACCUGCCGGGGCCUGGUGGCCCACAUGCCGCUCUUCGCCCAUGCCGACCCCAGCUUCGUCACGGCUGUGCUCACCAAGCUGCACUUUGAGGUCUUCCAGCCGGGGGACCUGGUGGUGCGCGAGGGCUCCGUGGGCCGGAAGAUGUACUUCAUCCAGCACGGGCUGCUCAGCGUGCUGGCGCGUGGCGCCCGGGACACCCGCCUCACCGAUGGGUCCUACUUCGGGGAGAUCUGUCUGCUGACGCGGGGCCGGCGCACGGCCAGCGUGCGAGCCGACACCUACUGCCGCCUCUACUCGCUCAGCGUGGACCACUUCAACGCCGUGCUGGAGGAGUUCCCCAUGAUGCGCCGGGCCUUCGAGACUGUGGCUGUGGACCGGCUGCGCCGCAUCGGCAAGAACUCUGUCCUGCAGCGGAAACGCUCCGAGCCCAGUCCGGGCAGCAGUGGGGGCACCAUGGAGCAGCACUUGGUGCAGCACGACAGGGACAUGGCCCGGGGCGUGCGGGGCCCAGCCCCCGGCACAGCAGCUCGGCUCAGCGGGAGGCCGGCGCUGUGGGAGCCGCUGCUGCACGCGCCCCUGCAGGCAGCAGCCGUGACCUCCAGCGUGGCCAUUGCCCUGACUCACCAGCGGAGCCCUCUGCCCCUGUCCCCUGACUCUCCAGCCACCCUCCUGGCUCGCUCUGCUCGACGUUCAGCAGGCUCCCCGGCCUCCCCGCUGGUGCCUGUCCGAGCCGGCCCUCUGCUGGCCCGGGGCCCGUGGGCUUCCACCUCCCGCCUGCCCGCCCCGCCUGUGCGAACCCUCCACGCCAGCCUGUCCCGGGCAGGGCGCUCCCAGGUGUCCUUGCUGGGUCCCCCCCCCGGAGGAGGUGCCCGGCGACUAGGACUCCGGGGCCGCCCCCUCUCCGCCUCCCAACCGUCUCUGCCUCAACGGGCAGCUGGCGACGGCUCUCCUGGGCGUAAGGGCUCAGGAAAUGAACGCCUGUCCUCCUCAGGGCUCCUGGCCAAGAUGCCAGGGACAGCUCAGUUGCCCAGGCCGUCAGUGCCCGAGCCAGCUGACCCCCGGGGCCCCCAGCUCUCUGCCAACAUGUGAAACCCUUGGGUAAGCUCUUGGGUGCGGCAGUGUGAGCCUGAGGGCAGAUGCCCCUUGGGGAAGGCCAAGGGGACCUGAGACGUGGCCCUGUGGGAACCCCGCCCCAGGAGAUGGCCUCUGUCCUCAGCUCGGCCCCCGCAGCCUGCCCGACAUCCUCUAAUCCAUUCACCCGUCCGUCCGUCAAGUGUACUGAGCGCCUUCCAUGUUCGAGACACUGUGCCAGGCGCUGUAUGUCCUCACUGCCAAGUAGAGUGGGUCCAGGGCCUCCGAGGAGGGUGCUCCCCGGGAUGCUCCUGCCGGGGUGCAGGCUCAGACCCAGGCCCCGCUGCACGGAGCACAAGUCCUCGUCCCGCCACCACUGCCAAGCGACUAGAUGUCUCUGUUUCCCGGCCCUUGACCCCGCAGGAGCCGGCUGCUGGGGGUGACUUCUGUCUCCCCGUCACCCGUGCCUCCGCUGCUGUCAACAGACGCCUCGGCCCCGGGCGUGGGGAGCCCACCACCACUGCGGCUGCGGCCCGUCCCCCUCCCCCCCGCCCGCCGUGGGAACACCUGUCUCCUGUCACGUCCUCUGCACCCUCCGUCCCUGUGGGUCAACUGUCUUUGUAAACCGGGAGCAGCCUCCUCCCAGUGCCCCUGCCCCAGUGGUGUCCCCCUUGAGGCGAAGGGACGGUUGGCACGUCCCCGUUUAACGUGCCAGCCCAGAUGCCCACGCGGCUGAUUCCUCAGAGGCAUUUUUUCUCUCCCCCUCCCUUCCUCUUGUUUGUUCUUAUUAUUCAAUCAUGUAAUAAUUGUAUUUAUUCAUUU